GCUUCGUUUCUGCGCAUGAGCAGCAGCGCGAGCCGCCUCCCCCGCCCUCCCUUUUCGCGCGCUCGAGGUCGUGGCUCCGCCUCCGCGCCUUUUCCCGCUAGGCGGCGUUUGCGACGGCCGCGCUUGACGGCUGCUGGGUCCCUCGCCGGUUGCCAAGGCGGCUCGCUUUACGGCCCGGCGGCGAUGGCGGAGGGAGAGCGGGCGGAGAACGGAGGAGGAGGUGGCGGCGCAGGCAGCAGCGGAGGCCCCGGGAGGCCGCUCCAGGACGGCGAGCCAGGGGCGGUGGGGCGGGCCGAGGCCUUCAAGACCCAGGCGAAUGAUUACUUCAAAGCAAAGGACUACGAGAAUGCAGUGAAGUAUUAUACGCAGGCCAUUGAACUGAACCCCACCAACGCCAUCUAUUAUGGCAACCGGAGUCUGGCUUACCUGCGGACAGAAUGCUACGGCUAUGCCCUGGCUGACGCCACCAAGGCCAUCGAGUUGGACAAAAAGUACAUCAAAGGCUACUACAGGAGGGCGACCAGCAACAUGGCCCUGGGCAAGUUCAAGGCGGCCUUGCGGGACUAUGAGACGGUUGUCAAGGUGAAGCCGAAUGAUAAGGAUGCCAAGAUGAAGUACCAGGAGUGCAACAAGAUCGUGAAGCAGAAGGCGUUUGAGCGGGCCAUUGCCAGCGACGAGCACAAGCGGUCUGUGGUCGACUCCUUGGACAUCGAGAGCAUGACCAUUGAGGACGAGUACAGCGGCCCAAAGCUGGACAACGGAAACGUGACCCUCGCGUUCAUGAAGGAGUUAAUGCAGUGGUACAAGGAUCAGAAGAAGCUCCACAGGAAAUGUGCCUAUCAGAUCUUGGUGCAAGUAAAAGAGGUGCUAUCAAAACUCCCCACCCUAGUAGAAACCACGUUACAAGAGACAGAGAACAUUACUGUCUGCGGAGACACCCACGGGCAAUACUACGACCUCCUGAAUAUAUUCGAGUUGAAUGGGCUGCCGUCGGAAACAAAUCCAUAUAUAUUCAACGGGGAUUUUGUAGACCGCGGCUCCUUCUCUGUGGAGGUGAUAUUAACACUCUUUGGUUUCAAGCUGCUGUAUCCAGAUCAUUUCCACCUACUCCGAGGGAACCACGAAACAGACAACAUGAAUCAGAUCUACGGGUUCGAGGGGGAGGUCAAGGCCAAGUACACGGCCCAGAUGUUCGAGCUCUUCAGUGAGGUCUUUGAGUGGCUCCCGCUGGCCCAGUGCCUCAACGGCAAAGUCCUGAUCAUGCACGGGGGGCUCUUCAGUGAAGACGGUGUGACGUUAGAUGAUAUCAGGAAGAUCGAGAGGAAUCGGCAGCCUCCUGACUCAGGUCCCAUGUGCGACUUACUCUGGUCAGACCCUCAACCCCAGAACGGCCGGUCCGUCAGCAAGCGCGGCGUGAGCUGCCAGUUUGGACCCGACGUCACCAAAAGCUUCCUGGAGCGCAACAACUUAGACUACAUCAUCCGCAGCCACGAGGUCAAGCCGGAGGGGUACGAGGUGGCCCACGAGGGCAAGUGCAUCACCGUCUUCUCGGCCCCCAACUACUGUGACCAGAUGGGCAAUAAGGCUUCCUACAUCCACUUGCAAGGCUCGGACCUGCGGCCGGAAUUCCACCAGUUCACAGCAGUGCCUCAUCCGAACGUCAAGCCAAUGAUGUAUGCCAACUCGCUGCUGCAGCUGGGGAUGAUGUAAGCCGCCUGCACCUCCCUUCAGCACCUCCCGCCAGCUGCCCCCUCCCUUCUCCCCCCUGCCUGGAGACCCCCGCGCUAGGCAAAGGACCACUGUGGUUUUUCUUUUAUUUCCUGGUUUUAAACGACCUCUUCCAGCGUCCGCCUUGACUGCAGAGCAGGGCGAUUUCUUCGGCAGGGGAAGGGAGGGUGAGGAAGCCUGGGCCUCUGCUGGGGGGGGGGGAUUGUGGAGGACAGCACACCUGGCACCCCCUUGCCCCAAAGGCAGGAACCAGCCCGGAGUGGCCCUCUUUCUAUUUUUUUUGUUUUGUUGCUAGCGUUGCAUACAGACACACACAGACACGCGAAAGAACGACAGCCAGAGUGUUCCAAACUGAUUUCUUUUAAUAUAUAUUGGAAGGUUGUAUUUAUUC